CUGAGCGCAGGCUUCUCACAGAAGCUACUGACACAAAUAUAAUUUAAUAGUUUCUAGUGUCGUACAUGAACCUAACGUGUUCUCACAUAGAAGUAUACGAGUUAGAAGAUGCGUCAGGAUAGUGAGGAAGCCACCGAGGCGCCGCUGUGUAUUUUACAUUGGUCAGCUUCAUCACAAUGUAACCUGUAAGAGCACUAAUACGGAAAAUAAUUCGAGUUUUUCUUAGUCUUAUGAAGGCGGAGCUCAAGAUCUUCGUGAAUUGAAGUGUGAGAAUUAAAGGAAGAUAUGGUAUUGACAGUCAGGUAUCUUAAAUGAUCCCGUGAGUUUAAGAAGAAGGUGAGACACUGCAGUACCUUGUAAUGUGUCAAGGAGGUGGGAGGUACUCUAGUACCUUGCAAAUACAUUACAAUAAUAACACUGGGAAGGUGUGUGUGUCAGCUGGAAACACUUAAGAAACCUCUGACAAGAGCCUUCUACACCUGCUAAAACAAGAACGCCCCAUUAUAACUGAAUAAACACACAUUAAACAAGAUAUGAAAUUUACGAAAGCCUAUUGGCCUAUCACAUAACAGAACUGUUUGCAUAGAUAAGGAAUUGAUCCUUUGUUGCUGUUCUGAUGAACUUUAAAAGCCACAAUGAAACUACGAAACAUAAGGAAGAGCGACUUUGUGGCAGCUGUGUGUUUUCCUGCGACUGUGUUGAUGUGCGUCCACGUGCUCCUGCUGGGCCCCCACACCCUCACUCCUGCAGCCUCCCCGCCCUACACCGAUGGCCAUGAGCGGUAUUGGGCACUGCAGAUGAGGGUUGGUUCCGUGCGUGUGGAUCCUCCACUUAAUAGUACAGGGAAGAGCAAUGGGGAGGUCCUGCUGGUGACGCCGCUUCUCCGCUGUGGUUCCACUACCCUCAAGAACCUUCUAGCUCGCCUAGCCCUCUUCAACGGGUUCACCAUGGCAGCGAGCCCCCCUAGGAAGUCAGAAGUCGUCCAUAUUCCCAGUCUAGCUGUUCAGAGGGAUGUCGUAAAGAACAUCUCGGCCUUCACCAAUGCAACAGCCAUCAUGCAGUCCUUUGCGUACACCAAUUUCAGCAGAUUCGAGAAGAAGAAGCCUAUUUUGGUGAGUUUGGUGCGUGAGCCAGUGGAGCGAGCUGUCAGCUGGUAUUAUCAUGUGAGGGCCCCCUUCCAGCUGGUUGAGCGACAUGGCCUCUUUCCUGAUAUUAAAUUUCCUACAAGAAAGUUCCUGAAGAAGGAUCUGGAGUCGUGCCUGAAGAACCCUCGAGACACUGAAUGCCGAUAUAUUUCCGGUAAAAAGAUGCUGGGACACACCAUAGAGUUCUUCUGUGGACAUGAUCCUUACUGCCCGAUAUUUGGUGAUAAGCAGGGUCUCCAGCAGGCCAAGACGGUGGUGGAGAGAGAGUUUGCGGUGGUGGGAGUGUUGGAGGAGUGGGACAAGACGCUGGCUGUGUUGGAACACUACAUUCCUCGCUACUUCAACAAGGCUACUGAAAUCUACUACAAUGAGCUUCACGGCAACAAAAGGUUGAUGAACGAGAACUUCUACAAGCCCAAGGUGGAACAGGCAGCGAAGGACUUCUUGAGAAGGAACUUCACUAUUGAGGCAGAGUUCUAUGCCUUUGUCCGACAACGUCUCCUUCGGCAGCACAGUGCCAUCAGCGGUAGUACAAUGAGUAUGCCAUCAACAACAGCACAGAGCUAAUAGCAGCAAUGCAUCAAUGGCAGUGCAUCGCCAUCAGCUGCAGUACAGCACCAAAGUGGCAGUGCAUCGCCAUGAACUGUAUAUUUAAUAUUUGGGAAGGGAUCAUCUCCUUCACGCCUCCGACACCAUUUCUUCAUGUAACCGGACUGAGAAAUCCAUUUUCUUAAUCUCUGUAAGAGAGAAAUUAAGAUUUGUUUUGGUAUAGGCCAACUGGCAUUGCAUCAUCGCGCUAAGCUACAUGUCAAGGCUGGUAAUCUGCUCAGAGAAACCAUUUGGGACCAAUAAACCUUCAGUGAGGAUGUUAAACACUUCAUUGACACGGAGGAAAUCUGGAAUUGUCUGCAUUUUAUGGGCAAGAAACACGUUAACAUACUGUGUAUUCUUUCUAGGUUAAAAAAUUUAGAUAUUAUUUAAUAUUAAUUAAAUCAAGAAUUUUGUUUCGUAUAAUGAAAUUACUUUAUAAUACUGUAUUCCUUAUGAUUUAAGACAAUAAUGAAUGGUAUAUCAUAUGAAAUAAAUGGUAAACUACAACUCGAAUGGUCGUAUACUACAUAGGUUUACCUUUAUUAGAGCCACCACUUGGGGUACUCUACUACUUGUAUCAGCUGUGAAAACCGAGUGACACUGAAUCAGACAAUACUAAAUGUUGAUGUGACGGUAAUCAAGUAGCAGAACGUAUUCAAUACAGAAUCACAAAGGAAUAUGAUCUCAACAACACGUGGUACACCGAACUGUUUCAUCAAGAUUUAGCCAACACUCCAAUAUUUAUAGCUGUACUAUAGCUAUACAUCAGGUGGAGCAUCAUCUUCUUAAUGCAUGAACACAGUACAUGUAUACGUAAGUUCUGCAUGGUCGGAGAACACCAUCUUAACACAGAUCAUUUUCGACCACUUAAUAAGAAGGGAACACGCUGGGUUGUUCAUCCUGUCACUUGUAUUACAAAUACACUUGUCACUUGUCGCAAAUAUAUAGUAAAGAGAAUAUUUAUUUGUUAUCAGUCUCUAAACUUAACUUACUAUGAGACGACUACAUAUCAACUUCUUCUUGACUAGGCUUGGAGUAGGACUCUAUCCAUCUUUUCAAUUUUGUCAAGUUAUAAUGGAUUAUCUGGGACUGAUAUUGCAGAUGAAGCUACAAAAAUAGUAAUAGGAAUGUAGGCAUCAAUAUACCUUAGAAUCUAGCUCAAAGAUAAUUUAGAAUUAAACCAAUGCUGACUACGUAUAGUGACCCUAACGCAGCAGUUGCUUUAUUUAUUUAUUUAUUUAUUUAUUUAUUUA